GUCCGUGCGGGGUGCCGUGUGAAAUGGCAUGUCUAUUGGCCAGCGUUGUGCAGAGGAUCUUGGUUGGCUUAUCAUGUUGUUGGAAUUGGUUUGGAGAUCACUGAGCCAGCUACGAAGCCAGCCUCACUUCACGGGAUGCCCGCGUCGUAGGCAACGGUCAAAUGAAUUACUGAUAUUGCUACCCCAAUCUUGGGGUGGAUCCUAUCCGCUCCCGCAUUCAAAUUCGCUUACGGUCAAGUUCUUCCGAUCAUUACUCAUCGUGCGAGGAGUCCCCUUCAGAUGAUGACGGCUCGUAAAUAUAAAAGCCAUCAAUCCGCGACAUGACGCAGAGUGCACAGAACUUGCUCAACUCCGGCGAUGUGAAGGAG